AUGCUCUUGCUAUUCAUGUUAUGGCGGCAGCUCGACAGCCCAUCACUCGAAGUGCUCGCAUUGAGUAACGUUGAAAUUUUUUUCCUGGUCAUUGUCGCCAUGCUCGACACGUUCAUUGAAUCACUGAUUGCAUUCAUCGGAUCCGGCUUGCUACUGGUCUUCAUUCAACUAGCCAUUACGGGUACUAUUGGUACGGAUAAGCUCUUCGAGAUUCUGGAGUCACGAUUCCAUCACGCUGGGCGGACCCAAGCUCUCAGUGUUUGUGUUUCUAUUUCCAAGGUCUAUCGCGGCGUUUUCAACGACUCCAGUGAAAGAGAGUUGAAAUAUCUCAAGCAAAAGGAGUUUCGGGAAAACGAGGAGCGAGGUAUGCGGGACAGGGAGAUGGAUUUGAUUCGGCAGAUUGGUCUCUUGCACCGCAAGCAAGACCUUGUCGCUGAGGAUAAAUGGCUAUUGGAGGAUAUGGAGGUGGAGCGCAGGGAGAUCCCGAUCAAGCGUCGGGAGAAUGCACAAAAGCUCAGGGAGAUGGAAGUCGAUGCACCGCACGGACCGUGGAUUCGGGAACACGAGAGGAAAUUGGAAGAUGGGCCCAAGGCUAAGACAUCUUAG